AUGUCUUCCGGACUCACGCGACGCCGCGGGGCUGGCGGUGCUCUGAGCCCAACCGAGGGCGAGACUCCUACCACCCCCUCGAGAAGCAAUUCCACCAACAAUGCCCGGGACAGCGCCCCGGAGACCAGAUACGAGAGUGGCGAAGGUGACCAUCCGAUUGCCUAUGAUCCUCGGGAUAUGAGCGAGAGCGCCGAACGAAGCAAACAGCCAAAGCUUACCAUGAUGGAGGAGGUAUUACUACUUGGUUUGAAGGACAAGCAGGGCUACCUCUCCUUCUGGAACGACAACAUUUCAUACGCCCUGCGGGGCUGCAUUGUGAUAGAACUAGCCUUCCGUGGCAGAAUCGCUAUGGAGAAGGACCCAGGCCGAAGACGGCUACCGCUGGCGGACCGAAAUAUCGAAGUCAUCGACGACGCCCUGACCGGCGAGGUUCUCCUGGACGAGGCCUUGAAGAUGAUGAAGCAAAGCGAGAAGAUGAGCGUCACGACUUGGAUCGACCUGAUGAGUGGUGAGACUUGGAACUUGAUGAAGAUUGGAUAUCAGCUCAAGCAGGUUCGUGAGCGACUUGCCAAGGGACUUGUGGACAAGGGCAUCCUACGAACCGAGAAGCGCAACUUCCUCUUGUUCGACAUGGCGACUCACCCCGUGUCCGACGGCGGUGCCAAGGAGGAAAUCCGAAGGCGUGUGCGCAACAUCCUGACCCAGCGCACUGUCGUUCUCAAUGGCAGCCAAUUCCUACCCGAGAACCUUGAGUUCAGAUACCUGCGUACCCUGGCUAUGGUGUGCGCUGCCUACGCUGCCAACGUUUUAGAAAAUGCUCUUUCUACCCUUGGACACGAGUCUCGGGAGCGUGCAUUCGCCCAAACCGACGAGUUGUUGGCCGACUACAGCCAAUGGCCAUUCGGCAAGAAGGCUACAGGAAACGGGAUCGGCGCCAACCUCCCCCAGGUUGUUGCAGAGGAAAUCAGCAAAGGCAAGGACAAGGAGUUACAGCUCGAGGUUGUCGCCGCUUGUCUGAGCGUCUUCACCAGGCUCGACUCCCUUCUCUAA